AUGUCUUGGAUAGGGUUAAAAAAAGCAAUAAACCGAGCUGGAACUCAGGUUAUGCUUAAAACAGGUCAUAUAGAACAAACAAUAGAUAAAGAAUUUGAAAUUGAGGAAAAAAGAUUUAAACAAAUGGAAAAUAAUUCAAUACUACUACAAAAAAGAUUAAGAUCAUAUUUAGAAAGUUUAAAAUUAUUAACUAAUUCACAAUUGAACAUAGGGGAGCUAUUAAAUUCAUUUUAUGGUAAUGAAAAACCUGAUUCUCAUAUUUUGGAGAAUCCAAAUACAGGAGAAUCAAUUGAAACUUUUAAAAAUUUAACAUCUGAAUAUUAUGCAACUUUAAAUAAAAUAAAUAAUGAAACUGUUAAAGAUUUGGAAAAUCCAUUCAAUCAAACAGUUUUGAAUCCUAUUGCAAGAUUCAAUUCAUACUACGUUGAAGUUAAUGAAGCCAUUAAAAAAAGAAAUAACAAAUUAUUAGAUUAUGAUGCAAUGAAAAAUAAAUUAAAGAAGCUACUUGAAACUCCCAAAAUUGAAUUAAUAGAUCAAGAUACAAAAUUUAAAGAAUUAAAUAAAGAAUUAAAUGAAUCAGAAACAAAAUAUAUGGAAAUUAAUAAUCUUUUAAAAAAAGAAUUACCAAAAUUAAUAAAUAUGAGAAUUGAAUUUUUUGAUCCAAGUUUUGAAAGUUUUGUUAAAAUUCAAUUAAGAUUUUUUAAUGAAAUUUAUUUUCAAAUGAAAAAUUUACAAAUUAAAAUUGAUGCUAAAACUAAACAAGAUUAUAUAGAUGGUAUAUUAGAUGAUAGGAUUGAUGAAGUUUUAGCUAAAAUGAAACAAUUGGAUAUUACUGGUAAAGAUGAACCAAUAGAAUAA